AUGAAUGCACGUCGAGAGAAAAUAAUCAUACAAAAUCAGAUGAUUAUAAACGCGCAACAGCAACAGCAGCAACAACAACAGCAGCAGCAGCCGUCACACGCGGGCAAAAAGUUUAAGAAGCACACGCAACAGUCAACAUUAUUUUCAACUACGGCAGCGAUGUCCAACAACAAUAGCAACAACAACAAUAAUAAUAACAACAUGGGCAGCAGUGGCAAUAUUCGUAAUAGCAACAAUAACAGUAACAACAACAACAAUAGCAACAAUAACCGCAAUCCAACUGAAAUUUCCCAUUUAUUUGCACACUCCCCCACGGCAGCCACAUACGUCCAAGCGCAACUUAACGGCCUCAAUUUCACUGCUGAUAAUCAAACUGUUACAGCCAGCGUCGCCAGCAUUAACAACGCAACUAAUAAUGGCACCGUUAAUGCGAACAACAUCAACAACAGCGCCAUUGUCACGCCCAAUUUGAAUGCGAAUGCCACCAUCACAACAAAUACAACGCAAGCGACUGGCGGCGGCAAUGCCGGUGUGCCGGUCGUCACCUACAAUGGCAAUCAAUAUUGUGUAAUCACACGGAAUGAGGUGGGCGCCGCCGAGAAAUCGGAAUUGCUGCAAAUUCACGGGCAAUUCACCACCGACAAGGAGGGUAAGACGAAUAUAAUUCUGAUGUCGCCGGUGUCGGUGCCGAUGCAAAUGCAGAUGCACGUGCCAAUGCAGGUGGAGGUGCAAAAUCCGAAUUGA